AACAUGGCGCCGCGGGAGGCGGGUCCCGCUCGUCGGCUCCCGGGGUUCCGGCGCCGCGCGUUUUGGUUCCGGAGUAACAGUGUCGCCGUCGCCUUCCUCCUCCUCCUCUCGCCGCCGCCGCAGCUGCCGCCGGUCCGCGCGGCCUCGGGUGGCCAGAGCUCAGCCUGCGCGCGCCGCGCCCUGUGUCUCCGGGUGGGGCAGAAGACUCGCCCCUUGACCCUCCCGCGGGGACUCUCCGUGGUGUGGCGGCCCUGGGGCUCUUUCUUAAUAGCCCCGGACUGAGUCCCCUCCAGUCGAGGACCCUCUCCUAGUCCACUGACGAGCGGUGGACACCUGCCGCUGUAUCUCCCCCAAACCGAGUCCUUGCCUUGCUGCCUCCUCAUACCCACACGGCGGCAGAGACCUUCACCAUAGCGUUCGCUCAACUCCAGAACCUUCCGACCUCCGCUAGUUCCUGCGGGCCUCUGCCCGCUUCCCGGUGCACCCUCCCCGGGAGACACCUCAGACCCCCGACAGCCUGGGCAGGCUCGGUGCCUGCGGGUGCGUUCCUGAUCACCCCUCCCCUCUUCCCUCCCCCUCAUCCUCCAUUCCCUUGUUUUCACCCUCUGUCCUCUGCCCCUCACUCCCCUUGUCACCUCUUGGAGCCCCCUCCUAACCAGCGACCAGUGGGUUUCCCCUACCCCAGGAUGUGAGCCUCUUUAACCUGUAAUGCUGUGGCUAGCCCUUGGCCCCUUUCCUGCCAUGGAGAACCAGGUGCUGGUAAUUCGCAUCAAGAUCCCAAAUAGUGGCGCGGUGGACUGGACAGUGCACUCCGGGCCGCAGUUACUCUUCAGGGAUGUGCUGGAUGUGAUAGGCCAGGUUCUGCCUGAAGCAACAACUACAGCAUUUGAAUAUGAAGAUGAAGAUGGUGAUCGAAUUACAGUGAGAAGUGAUGAGGAAAUGAAGGCAAUGCUGUCAUAUUAUUAUUCCACAGUAAUGGAACAGCAAGUAAAUGGACAGUUAAUAGAGCCUCUGCAGAUAUUUCCAAGAGCCUGCAAGCCUCCUGGGGAACGGAACAUACAUGGCCUGAAGGUGAAUACUCGGGCCGGACCCUCUCAACACAGCAGCCCAGCAGUCUCAGAUUCACUUCCAAGCAAUAGCUUAAAGAAGUCUUCUGCUGAACUGAAAAAAAUACUAGCCAAUGGCCAGAUGAAUGAACAAGACAUACGAUAUCGGGACACUCUUGGUCAUGGUAAUGGAGGCACAGUCUACAAAGCAUAUCAUGUCCCGAGUGGGAAAAUAUUAGCUGUAAAGGUCAUACUACUAGAUAUUACACUGGAACUUCAGAAGCAAAUUAUGUCUGAAUUGGAAAUUCUUUAUAAGUGUGAUUCAUCAUAUAUCAUUGGAUUUUAUGGAGCAUUUUUUGUAGAAAACAGGAUUUCAAUAUGUACAGAAUUCAUGGAUGGGGGAUCUUUGGAUGUAUAUAGGAAAAUGCCAGAACAUGUCCUUGGAAGAAUUGCAGUAGCAGUUGUUAAAGGCCUUACUUAUUUGUGGAGUUUAAAGAUUUUACAUAGAGACGUGAAGCCCUCCAAUAUGCUAGUAAACACAAGAGGACAGGUUAAGCUGUGUGAUUUUGGAGUUAGCACUCAGCUGGUGAAUUCUAUAGCCAAGACGUAUGUUGGAACAAAUGCUUAUAUGGCGCCUGAAAGGAUUUCAGGGGAGCAGUAUGGAAUUCAUUCUGAUGUCUGGAGCUUAGGAAUCUCUUUUAUGGAGCUUGCUCUUGGGAGGUUUCCAUAUCCUCAGAUUCAGAAAAACCAGGGAUCUUUAAUGCCUCUCCAGCUUCUGCAGUGCAUUGUUGAUGAGGAUUCGCCCGUCCUUCCAGUUGGAGAGUUCUCGGAGCCAUUUGUACAUUUCAUCACUCAGUGUAUGCGAAAACAGCCAAAAGAAAGGCCAGCACCUGAAGAAUUGAUGGGCCACCCGUUCAUCGUGCAGUUCAAUGACGGAAAUGCCGCCGUGGUGUCCAUGUGGGUGUGCCGGGCGCUGGAGGAGAGGCGGAGCCAGCAGGGGCCCCCGUGAGGCUGCCGCAGGGCACUGAAGACCCAGGACCAGUAACCAAGGAGAACAACCCACCCGUCGCCCCUCUCCGUAUGCUGCCUGCGCCAGAAGAGCUUUGCUGGGCCCUGGCUUCCCUGCCCUCACCUUCACCUCUGUCAGCAGGUGGCCUUGCCCGGGGAGCCCCACGUGUGGCCCACCCCACCAGGCCAUCCCCAUACCUUCUGGUUUGAAGGCGCUGAUGCUGGCAGAGAGGUAAAGGGUGGGGCAUUGAGAAUGGAGGCUCCCAGGGCCCCUGCCCACUUCUGUUUUCCUAAUGUUUUUCUCUAUAAAGGGUCAGGCCCGUCAGCAUCACUGAUGGGAAUAAAAGUAUUAAUGCUUUGUGACA